CUUCAGUAAAUGAUUUUAGACAAAAAAUGAAAUACCGCUACUGGUCAGUUUAAUUUACCCAGAUGUAAAUAUGCUAUACACAUAUAUAAUGUACGAAUAGAUAACGACUCGGAGAUACGUACAGCUGUCAGGUCAAUAUCUGGAUCAAGACGAAACUAACAAACAACAAAAAAAUCCCGGUAAACUAGAAGUUACCCACAUAAUCUGAGAGCUGGAUGUGAGAAAUGAAUCACGGAACUGAAUUUAGUCUAGGUGCACUGGCAGCAGUUUGUUCAGCAACCAUCACAAAUCCUUUAGAAGUAGUGAAAACACGAAUGCAGUUACAAGGCGAACUUAAAGCUAGAGGUCAAUAUACAGUGUUCUAUCGGAAUACUUUCCAUGCGUUAUAUACUAUUGCUAAAUACGAUGGAUUACGAGGGCUACAGAGUGGUCUUGCACCAGCAUUGGGGUACCAGAUAUCGAUGAAUGGAACCAGACUCGGUUCUUUUCAAAUUAUGAUUGACAUGGGACUAACAGACAGUGUUGAUUGCACUUUCUGUGGAUUUCUUAGAACUCUGCUGGCAGCGGGACUCUCAGGUGCAGUUAGUAAUGCCAUCGGUAGUCCGUUUUUUAUGAUCAAAACUCAUAUCCAGUGUAAAACCGAUUCAAAGAUAGCAGUAGGCUUUCAACAUAGUCAUAAAACAAUGUAUCAUGCAGUCAAAGAAAUUGUUAGACAAGAUGGCGUGAAGGGGCUCUGGAGAGGAGCGAGUGCUGGAACAUUGCGAGGAUUCAUCGGCUCAGCGGCACAACUCGGAGCUUUCGCUUCAACUAAGAAAUAUUUAAUUUCUAAAGAGAUAUUUGAUGAGGACAGUAUAAUGAUAUCAAUAUUAGCAAGUAUGGUUGGUGGAAUUAGUUUGGUAUUUUUCAUGACCCCAUUUGAUGUCGUUUGCAUUAGACUGUACAACCAAAGAACCACUGUCGCUGGGAAAGGAAUGUAUUAUAAAGGCAUUUCUGAUUGUUUUAGAAAAACAUAUAUAAGUGAAGGAAUAGCAGGACUUUAUAAAGGUUGGGAACCAUCAUUGAUACGAUUAUGGCCACACACGGUUUUGUGCUUGGUAUUUUGGGAUUAUUUUCGAGACACAUAUUACAAAUGGAAUAAAUCAAAAUCAUAGAAAACUGUAAGAGUCAAUAAUUUCACGAAAAGUGCUGCAUGUGUAACAUAUGUAACUUGUUACAUAUAUAUCAUGGUUUUUUUUUAAAACUUUCCACGGAAGACUCCUAUAUUGGACAAUAAUACAAUAACUUUUAAAGAUAACACCCUUGUUUAGCGAAUAUGCCUUUAUGUCAAACUGUGGAGUAAUACAUAUGAAAGUAUAUAUCUGAAAAUAAAAAUAUAGUCAACGCUG